GCCACGCGCCCCGGGCGCCCGGGCCGGGGCUUCCCUCGGCGUUGGAAGCCACGGGAAGGGCCGAGGCAGGCGGCCAGGAGGAGGAGGGACUGGAGGCGGAACUCCCCCGGGGAAGGGAGGCCGGUAAGAGCCGCUCCGUGAAAGUCCCUCCAUUCAGCUGAGCGCUUGGGGAAGUCCCGGCUUCCUUCUUCCACCGCCGAGGCUGGGCCAAGCGGGUGUCACCACCAGCGACGCCGACGCCGGGGAUCGGCUCGUGGGCGCCCAGGGAGACCCCAGCCCGGCCCACCGACCCUCCUGCGGCCGGGGGGGGGGGAGCUUCUGCACAGCCCGCCCCCCCUCCUCUUUCCACCUCCCUCGUCCGCCCGAGAGAGAGAGCAAAGCAAAAGGAUGACUUGGCAAAGGCAGAGGCGAGACGCUGGGGAGGCGUUGGACGGGUGACUCCCUUCGCAGGAAUCCGGGCGAGGGAUCCAGUGAGGUGGGGGGGGGAAAGCUUGGAAGAGACACUCGCCCCCCAUCCUCCAGCUGCCGAUCCGGGACCCUCCUGCCCGCUGGGUUGCCCAGGAAAGGCGCCUGGCGCGCCGCUAGCUCUCUGCAGGGUCCGCUGGGGAAGGGGCUGCAGGUCUUCUCGGAGGGGGCCACCUGGGAAAUUAGCACCCCCUCCCCGAAGAAGUCGGACACCGACCCGCGAUGCUGGGGGAAAAGAGCCGGUGUCCCGUUCUUCAACUCCUCCUCCUUCUUCCCAUCAGCUGAAAACCUUGCGCGGGUCUCUGCUUUGUUGGAAGCGGGCAGACUUUUGGGGGGGGGGGGAGCUGGACAGGGCAAAGAGAGGUUGGCCUUGCAAAGAUGGGGGGCUGAGGCGGCUGCUUCCCCUCCCUCCACCAGCAUCUAGGUAGGAGGAGGGACCUCUUUUCAAAAGCUCGAUCAGGAACCUGGGACAGGCAGGUAGGUGGACUUUGUGGCUCACCUCUCGGGCCGCGCCAAGCAUCCAGGAAGAUGGCCGGGGAGUUUCCUGUGGACCUGCGCACCUGGCGGAAACAGGGGCGCCAAGACAAGCACCCCCCCUCUCAUGGAGACCCUCCUCUGACUCCCUCGGGCCAGCUGUUGCCUGGCUGUCUUUCUUCAGGAGCGCUGCCCGAACCCGGGGCCAGAGACACUUCGAUGGGUCAGGCUGACCCCCAACCCAGGACUCGAGACGCAGCAUCCCCCAAGGCUGGGCUGCAGGAAGAAAAGAAGCAGGAGAUGUAUUUGCCGCUGAGAAAGCGCCGCUAUGCCGUGGAGGGGGCAAACGGGGACACGCCGGGACCUCUGGCUGGCAAGGUCCCCAAGAUGGAGAGUGGGCAGGAGGGAAGUGGGUCCCGGCAACCCCACUCCAAUGGCUACCACCCUUGUUACGUCUCCAUGCCCUACCCCAGGGUACCGGUGUCCUAUUACCCAGGUCUGGCCAGCCCCUUUUUGAACCCAGAGCUGACUCCACUUUUACAACCUUCCUUGUUGGGAAUCCUGCCUUCUUACUCCUUCAUGCCCCCGCCAGAAGCCCAGCUGGCUUUGGACAUUGCCACGGCAACGCAGCAAGAUGAGGAUGGAGACACGCCACUUCACAUUGCUGUAGCUCAGGGGAACCUGCUGGCUGCUCAGCAUUUAGUGAUCCUCUUCCAACACGGACAGCGGGACCUGGAUAUCUUCAACAACCUACGGCAGACCCCGUUACACUUGGCGGUCAUCAUAGCUCAACCUUCCCUGGUGAAGCUUUUACUAUCCCACGGAGCAUCACCCAUGGUGCUGGACCGGAACGGACAAACUGCUCUGCAUCUGGCUUGUGAACACGGCAGCCUCCGUUGCCUGCGGGAGUUGUUGGAGGGAAGUCCCGCCGGACUGGAUCUGGAGGCCCGGAACUUCGAGGGUUUUACCCCGCUACAUUUAGCGGUUGGAUCUUCUAACUCUGACAUGGUUCUUGCUUUGCUGGAUCAUGGAGCAGAUGUAGAUGCUGUGGACAUAAAGAGUGGCAGAUCUCCACUACUUCAUGUUGUGGAGAACAAUAAUUUGGAUAUGGUGGAGUUGCUACUACAGCACGGUGCCAAUGUAAACGCCCAAUCCUACGGAGGCAAUACGGCGCUCCACACAGCCAGCGGAAGGGGCCUGUUGGACAUGCUGAGGCUCUUGGUGAGGAACGGGGCAGACGGAGGCCUGAAAAAUUACCACAACGACACAGCCCUGAUGGUAGCCAGGAACAAAAGGGCGAUCGACAUCCUGAGGGGAAAGGCUUCCCGGCCUAUUCCGCACCCCGAAAGCAGCCAUGAUGGAUCGUCCCCCACAAUCAGCGCUGCUAGCUCUCCUGGCGUUCGGACCCAUCCCCACGUGCUGCAUGCCUCCCCUGACUCCUGCUCCACCAUUCCCAGCCCUGACCAGACCCCAAAGCCGCACAGAGCAGGCCAUUCUCCCAACACAACCGCUCUGAGGCCAGAAAGCAUUAUCGUGACGAAUGAACCUUUGACCUCUGCCCCCUUGCCCGGCGUGGAAUUGGAGAGACGUUCCCAUUCAUCCACCCUAGAGCAGCCGAUGGGCUUUCCAAGGUCCUCCAAGGGUCUCCUCCGUGAGAACAUGACCGAUCCUGCCUUCCACACCGUACCCCUGUACCCCUUUUCUCCUUCCAGCCCUCAUCUCUCCUCCCAUCCUCUCCAGUUGCUUCCGAUGGGCCUGAACCAUCCGGUCAUAUCCAUGCCCCCGGGGCCCCUGGCUAAUCGGAUGUCCAUGAGGUACCCAGGGAUGGACCAAUCGCAGAGGCUACUGGAUUCAGAAGGUCCGGCAGUUCUUGGCUGCGAAGGCCAGUGGCUCCAUAGCAGUGACAAUGGCCCUGGCGGCAGCUGACGAGAGGAAGUCCAGAGGCCUUCAGCUGCUUUGCGGGACAGGAAGAUUUCCCAAGGACCAUUUCACAAGACCGCAAGAAUGAGUCGAGGCGUUGCUGCCGUGGAUUUCCCACCUUCAUGUCGGCUGCGGACUUAAAACUAUCUUUCUUUUCAAAUUGACAUGUAGCAGAGCCCAGCAAGGCAGAGAUGUCCGUUCGGACCUCAAAAAAUAACGGUGGUGUUCUUGAUCCAGCAACAGCUCCCUCUUUGUCAAUCUCUUUGAAUGUACCUCAUACACCCCACUGUCUGAGCAGAACCUGGGUUGGACCAAUUUUGGGGUGAGUGUUCAGGGGACGCGCCAUGACUCAACGGUUAAAGAUACUGAGUGUAUCGGCUGAAAAACUGACGGGUUCGCCAUGGGUGAGCUCCCGUUCCUUGCUCCAGCUCCUGCCCGCUAAGCAGUUCGAAAGCAUGCAAAUGUGAGUAGAUAAACGGGUAAGAAACGGAGAUGAGCACCACGCCAGACACGACUGGACAGGGAAACUUUACCUUUUGUUGAGGGAUCAUGUUUUAGCACCAGGAAGAGGAGCUGGGAAACACAAAAUCUAAAGCCGUUCCACUCCUCUCAGCUGAGGGCCAGACUUUGGGCGAAAUGGCGCAAGCGUCGCGCGAGGGGGGGAUAAAUCGACUUUGUUCUUUGUAUUUAAUAGGCAUUAAUUUAACUGAGUGAAGUUAGCACGGUCACUCCACCUAUA